AUGUUUUAGAGGUAGAAGGAUUCUGGGAAUUAACCAACAAAUUAUGUACCAGGUAGAGGUAGAGGUGCAGUUGGAUUUAUUACAAGAAGUGACAUAGGACCUGCGAAGGUUGAUAUAGGAAUUGAGUAGGAUGACGAUCAAAAUGAUUAUAAUGAUGCUAAAUAUGAUGAAUGGAAUGGUUAUUCAAUUCCAUUAUUUAAUAUGGGAGAUUAUGAUGAUGAAGAUAGAGAAGCUGAUCUUACAUAUAAUAGUGUUGAUAGAAAAAUGGAGGAAAGAAGGUUAAAGAGAAUGCCAAAUAAUUUGCCAGAAAAACCAUCAAUUGUUAAUUAAUUUAGUGAUUUAAAAAGAGAAUUAGCUAAGGUGGGUAUAGAUGAAUGGUUAUCAAUACCUGAUAUUGGAGAUUAUUCAAUAAAAAAAAAGAAAUAAGAUAAAAUUACACCUGUUCCUGAUUCUGUUAUAAUGUCAGCUUAAUUAUCAGAAAAGAAUUUAUAAACAAAAGCACAUGACUUAAAUGAAAUAGGUGAAGCAAGAGGAGCUUUAUUAUCAUUAAAACUAGAUAAAAUUAGUGAUAAUGUUUCUGGAUAGAGUGUAGUAGAUAAAAGAGGUUAUUUAACAAGUUUAGCUUCAUUACCUCAUCUUAGUGAAAACGAAAUAGGAGAUUUUAAAAAGGCUAGAUUAUUAUUAAAAAGUGUAAUUUAAACAGAUCCUAAAAAUUCAUUUGGAUGGAUAGCAGCAGCUAGAAUUGAAGAACUUGAUGGAAAACUACCAGCAGCUAGAUCUAUAUUAGCAUAGGGAUUAUAAUAAGCAGAAGAUUAAGAAGAUAUAUGGAUUGAGUUAUCAAGAUUGGAGACUCCAGAGAAAGCUAAAUUGAUACUUAAUAAAGCUAUUUAAACAUUACCACAUAGUGUUAAAAUUUGGUUGAAUGCUGUUAAUAAAGAGUAAGAGACUUAAGCAAAAAUUAAAUUAUUAAAGAGAGCUUUAGAAUUUAUACCUAAUAGUGUUGACAUAUGGAAAGAACUUGUGAGUCUAUCAAGUGAAUAAGAAGCAUUAGUAUUAUUAUAUAAGGCUGUUGAAUGUAUCCCUAAAAAUUUAUCCCUUUGGUUGGCAUUAGCAAAGUUAGAAACUUAUGAGAAUGCAAAAGCCAUUUUGAAUAGAGCAAGAUAAAAUCUACCUUAGGAACCUACUAUUUGGAUAAAUGCAGCUAAAUUAGAAGAGAGUGCUGGUAAGGAUAAAUAAACAAUAGCAAUUGUUCUUUCUAAAGGGAUAAAGAUUUUAAAGAAGAAUUAAGUUAAGAUUGUUAAAGAAGAUUGGCUUUAAGAGGCUGAGAUUGCAGAGAAAUGUUCUAAUAUUAAUACAUGUUAUGCAAUAAUAAAAGCAAUUACUUUAGAAGAAGAUAAACAAAGUGAUAAUUCUUGGAAAUAAGAUUUUACUUAAUUUGAAUAAAGAGGUUCAUUACAUACAGCCAGAGCAAUUAUUGCAGUUGAAGCAGAAAGAUAAUGUAAUUUUGAAAUAUGGAAAGAAUAUAUUGAAUUUGAAAGAAGACAUAAAGAUGAAGAUACUUAAUAUUUUGAUUAAGCAUUAGAAUUGGCAGUUAGUAAUUUACCUUAAAUUGAAUAAUUUUGGAUUGAAUUAAUUUUAAGAAAAUAAGAAUUAUAAUAAAAUUAUUUAGAAGUUUUUGAGAAAUCUCCAAAAUCAGAAAAUAUUUUAUUAACUUUAAGUAAACUUGAAAAACAAUAAGGAAAUUAUGAGAAAGCAUAUUAAUAUCUUUAAUAUAUUUAAGAAAAUUUAAUUCCUAGUGAUAAAACUUGGGUAAAAAUGUUUAAAUUGAUGCUUUUGAUGAAUAAAUAGAUUGAAUAGGCUGAAAAAAUAUUAAAAUAAUAUCCAUAAUCUGAUAAGUUGUGGAUUUUAUGUGGAUAAGCAAAAAUUAAUUAAAAAGAUUAUUAGGGUGCAAGAUAGAUCUUUGAGGAAGCAAUAAAAACUCUAAACAAUUCAUUGAAUGUAUGGUUGACUUAUAUCAAAAUGGAAUGUUAAUAAUAACUUUAUACAAGAGCAAGACCUUUAAUUGAUAGGGCUAGAGAAAAGAAUCCAAAAAGUUCUUAAUUAUGGGCUUAAGCAAUUAGAUUAGAAAUUGAUGCUAAGAAUCAUAAGGCAGCUUAAUUUUUAUUAAGUAAGGCAUUGUAAUGUUGUUAAUUGGAUGGUGAGUUAUGGUCUCUUGCUAUUGAAUUAGAACCAAAGACAACAAGAAAGAAGAAAUCUGCUGAUGCAGUUACAUUAUGUGUUGAUAAUCCUUUCGUAUAUCUUUCUACUGCAAAGGUAUUUUUGAAUGAAGGUAAAAUUGAGAAGGCUAAAAGAUGGUUAGAAAAAGCUUUAAUUUUAGAACCAAGAUUAGGAGAUGCUUGGGCUUAUCUUUAUUUGAUAGAAAAAGAAAUCUUAUAAUAAUGCAUUUCAAGAAGACCAAAAUAUGGUAGACUUUGGAAAUAGGCAAAAGAAACAUUGAAUUAGAAAUAUGAUAUUGAGAAAAUAUUGAUAGAGGCAAGUAAAUUAGCUCAAAAAGAUAUUGCAAAAUUAGAGUGA